UCAGUGUUAUUGAAAGCGUGUUCGAGAGCGCACCCAUAGUAAACAACAAAUACUUUUCUUAUAUACGAAAGUGUACAAGACUUUUAAGAAGUGAUUGGAGUUUUAGAAAGACAGCAACGAUGAAGAUACCUAUUGACAGCGUCGUUUCCAAAGUGAUGUUUUGGAAAGGGGAGGGCACCAUCAACCCGGGAUUCGAGAAUGACGAAAAGAAGAGCAAAAAUGAGGCGAAAGUGGAAAUGGAAAUGACGAGCCCUGAGGCUUCCGAGGAACCCUCGAGAGACCAGUGGUCGAACCCCAUCGAGUUCCUCCUGUCGUGCAUCGCCAUGUCCGUCGGGCUCGGGAACGUGUGGCGCUUCCCCUUCGUGGCCUUGGAGAACGGCGGGGGGGCGUUCCUCAUCCCCUACAUCCUCGUCCUUCUGCUCAUCGGCAAACCCCUCUACUACAUGGAGCUUUGUCUCGGCCAGUUCGCGUCGGCGGGAUCGGUGAGGGUGUGGGACCUCGCGCCGGCCUUCCGUGGCGUUGGAUACGGACAGGCUGUUGCCACGUGGGCUGUCGUGACCUACUACGUGUCCCUGAUGGCCCUCACCGUCUUCUACUUCUUCGCGUCCUUCUCCAGCGUGUUGCCGUGGUCGGUGUGUCCCCCCGACGUCCAGGUGAACUGCAUCUCCAAGGACGACAAUGUCACUGCGCUCGGACUCAACGCCUCCAGUCUCGUUUCCUCCGCGGACGAGUAUUUCAAGAACGAGGUCCUGAAGUCCGACCCCAACGGCCUCGCCAACGGGAUCGACGCCCCCGAAUGGCGCCUCUCCCUCUGCCUCCUGUUCUCCUGGGUCGUCCUCUUCGUGAUCCUGGCCAAGGGCGUCCAGAGCUCGGGCAAGGCGGCUUACUUCACGGCCCUCUUCCCCUACCUCGUCCUCUUCAUCAUGCUCAUCAGGGGGGCCACGCUCCCAGGCUCGCUCGACGGCAUCCUGUUCUUCAUCACGCCCCGCUGGGCAAAGCUCCUUGAUCCUGGGGUGUGGUACGCCGCCGUGAACCAGUCCUUCUUCAGCUUGUCCGUGGGCUUCGGCUCCAUCAUCAUGUUCUCGUCCUACAACUCCUUCCGCCACAACGUGUACCGCGACGCCGCCAUCAUCUCCGUGACGGACACCCUGACCUCGCUCCUGGCCGGCUUCACCACCUUCGCCAUCCUGGGCCACCUCGCCCACCUCCUGGGCCUCCCGCUCGAGGAGGUCGUCAAGAGCGACGGCACCUCCCUGGCCUUCAUCAGCUACCCGGAGGUGCUCUCGCGCUUCGACUGGGCGCCGCAGCUGUUCGCCGUCCUGUUCUUCCUCAUGCUGUUCACUCUCGGGGUGGGCAGCGCCUCCGCCCUCACCGGCUGCAUCAUCACCAUCAUCUGCGACGAGUUCCCCUCCUUCAAGAGGUGGAUCGUGACCCUCGCCGUCUGCGUCGUCGGCCUCCUGCUCGGCCUCUUCUACGUCACGCCUCAGGGCCAGUACAUCCUCACGCUCAUCGACCACUACGGCGCCGGUUUCAUCAUCUUCAUCCUGGCCAUCACCGAAGUGGCUGCCGUCCAGUGGGUCUACGGCAUCAAGAACUUCUGCCGCGACAUCGAAUUCAUGCUCCAGAGGAAGACCGGCAUCUACUGGAAGUUCUGCUGGGCCUUCCUCAUCCCCGUCCUGCUGGCUUUCAUCUUCAUCUACGGGCAGUACAAGGCCAAGCCCCUGCAAGCUUCCGGCUACGUCUUCGGCCCCGGAGCGAAUGCCUUCGGUAUCUGCAUCGCCGUCUUCGCGUGCCUCCUCAUCCCCAUCUUCUUCGUGGUGGAGGUCGUCCGCCGGCGGGACGAGGCCGACUCCCUGCUGGAGGCCGUGCGGAGCGCCUUCAGGCCCAACGCCGACUGGUGCCCCAAGGACGCCAUCCUCCGCCGCGAGUACCAGGAGUUCAAGGCCUCGCACAAGCCCGUGCUGGAGGGCAUCGACAACCCGCUUCCUCCUGUGGCCUCGUCCGUGUCCUUGGCCUCGCAGAACGCCGCCCCCGUCACGCAGUACAACACGAGCGUCUAAGUUCCUGUGUUGCGGAAGCUGUUACCAAAAAGCCGGAGGAAGAACCACGAAGAUAUUAUGCGUCUAGAUUAGUCUAAAAAAAUCAUAUAGUUCAUCAUAUCAUCUUGUUCUCUAUCAUCAUCAUUUAGUAUUCAGCACUAUCAUGUAUCAAUAAUUACAGUACGUGUUGUAUAUAUAUAUAUAUAUAUAUAUAUAUAUAUAUAUAUAUAUAUAUAUAUAUAUAUAUAUAUAUAUAUAUAUGUAUGUAUGUAUAUAUAUCAUUCAUACAUACCAACAGUCUGUUAUGCAUUUCAUAAAUGUAAUAACAUAAAACUCACUCACAGUUGGUUGUGAUAUAUUGUUAUGUAUUCAACAUACAAUGUGUUAUUUAUAGCCAUUAAUUUAAGCUUUGUAUAUAAACUCUAUUAAGUUUAAAUAUAUAUAUAUGAAUAGAUAAAGUCAAA